CUGUCUUCCCCUCUUCUGUACCUCUCUCGGCUCAGCAAUGGCAAUGGGGGAGUUGAAAAUCUCAGAGAUGCGUGAUCUAACCCGUAUAGAACGCAUAGGGGCACACUCUCAUAUCAGAGGUCUCGGCCUCGAUUCUUCACUCGAACCUCGAUUAAGCUCUGAAGGUAUGGUAGGUCAAAUUCCAGCUCGAAAAGCUGCCGGAAUCAUGGUUAAAAUGGUUCAACAAGGUAAAAUUGCGGGUCGUGCACUGCUCCUUGCGGGUCAACCCGGAACUGGGAAGACAGCUAUAGCUAUGGGUAUGGCUAAAUCGUUAGGGCAAGAAACCCCUUUUGCUAUGCUUGCUGGUAGCGAACUUUAUUCACUUGAUAUGUCGAAAACUGAAGCGUUAAUGCAGGCUUUUCGUAAAGCGAUUGGUGUGAGAAUUAAAGAAGAAGCUGAAGUUAUUGAAGGUGAAGUUGUGGAAGUACAGAUUGACAGGCCGGCGGUGGCUGGAGCAGCGUCGAAAACGGGGAAAUUGACGUUGAAGACUACUGAUAUGGAGACGGUUUAUGAUUUGGGGGCGAAGAUGAUUGAGGCUUUAGGGAAGGAGAAAGUACAGAGUGGGGAUGUUAUUGCUAUUGACAAGGCUUCUGGGAAGAUUACGAAGUUGGGGAGGUCGUUUGCGAGGUCGAGGGAUUAUGAUGCUAUGGGACCUCAGACUAAGUUUGUACAAUGUCCUGAAGGGGAGCUGCAGAAGCGCAAGGAGAUUGUACAUUGCGUUACCCUUCAUGAAAUUGAUGUCAUAAAUAGCAGAACACAGGGAUUUUUAGCACUGUUUACGGGUGAUACUGGUGAGAUUCGUGCUGAAGUGAGAGAACAAAUAGAUACCAAGGUUGCAGAGUGGAGGGAGGAAGGAAAGGCAGAGAUUGUGCCUGGUGUCCUCUUCAUUGACGAAGUACAUAUGCUUGACAUUGAGUGUUUCUCUUUCCUAAACCGAGCUCUGGAGAAUGACAUGGCACCUAUAUUGGUUGUUGCUACAAAUAGAGGCAUUACUACAAUCCGGGGAACAAACUACAGAUCCCCACAUGGGAUUCCAAUUGACUUUCUUGAUCGCCUGCUCAUCAUCUCUACGCAACCUUACAAAGAGGAAGAAAUUCGCAACAUCCUGGACAUCAGAUGCCAAGAGGAGGAUGUAGAAAUGUCUGAGGAUGCAAAAGUUUUAUUGACCAAGAUAGGGGUGAAUACUUCUUUGAGAUACGCCAUCCACCUUAUCACUUCUGCAGCAUUGGCCUGCCAAAAGCGAAAAGGGAAGGCUGUUGAAGUGGAAGAUAUUACUCGAGUCUAUAAUCUGUUUUAUGAUGUAAAGAGAUCCACACAGUACUUGAUGGAGUAUCAGAGCCAGUAUAUGUUUAACGAAGUGUCAGCAGGAGAGGCCGAAGAAGAUGAAACUGCUGCAAUGGUGUCCUAAAAGCUUCUCGAUUUGGGAUUCAGGAGAUCGCAACUUAGCUUUGGCCAAGUAUUUAGUUACCUGGUUCUUGUUUGAUGAUUUCUUCUCUUUCAUUUAUGUUUUCUGACCUUUGUGUUACUUGAAUAUAGUCCCCUCCCCCCGGUUUCUUUUU